UGGAAGCUACAAUAGGACAGGAAAGGAGGAGAUGUUUUUCUAACAUUUUGUGCAUCCAAUCUCGAACUUUUAAAGGGCUUCUUACGCAACAUGCACUUUUAACCCGUUCCCCAUUUUGAUGCUGCACAAUGCAACUUUUUUUUUUUAUCACGCUGACAGCUCUCUUUCCAGCAUCCUCGGAGCAUGAGGAGAUGUGCAAAACUUGUCUGAUUUUUGAGGGGAGGUGCGGGAACAUGACCUCAGGAGGACGCACCGGGAUCUGAGAAGGAGGAGGAAGGAGAAGAGAGCACAUCCUGCUCACAGAGAGCAUCUAUGUAGCCUUUUCUAUGCACUGAUUGACAUCAAUCCUAAUAAGCCUUCACAAACUAUGACUAGGACUUCUUUAACAUUUUAAAAGUCAAUUAGGGCAUUAAAAGCACAUUACGAAAGAUCUAUGAGUUUUGAGGGACAUUUGCAUAAACAGACAGGAGUCACGAGUGCAACAUGGAUCUGCCGCCCAUCAGAGGUCUGACUGAUGUACCGUGAGCAACAUCGUUGCCACACAGCCUCAGUGUGACAUGGACCCGGCUCACUCCUUUAGGAUGGAGAUAGACAGGAUGGACCUCCAGCAGGUCCCGGUGCUGUCGCUCGACCAAAUCCGUGCCAUCCGGGCCCACAAUGACUACGUGGAACGGCCUGUGGCACUGGAACUGGCGUCCCAAUCUGGAAUUUUCUACACCCACGAUGAGCAUCACCCGCACGGAAUAUACUCCCAGCACUCCCAACCUCCCCGCCAUUCCGCCAUGCCCCGCAGCCAAAGUCAGCAGCAGCAUGCUCACAUGUCCCACUUAAGCCGUUCCAGUACUAUAAGCUCCUCCAUGUCUCGGACCAGCGCCGGCUCAGACCAGAGGUUGCUGGUGGGGUUGACGUCAUCGCACUCCGGAUUGGCCUCAGUCGUUCGCUCUCAACCGAAAAGAGAACUCAAGUCCGAUACUUCUCUGAGUAAAAUCCUGUCAGACGACGAGCUGGGCCGGCACCAGUUCAUCUGCGAGCGGUGCGCUCGCUGCAAGUGCAAAGAUUGCUGCGCACCGCGCCGUCUCCCCUCCUGCUGGGCCUGCGAACAACGCUGCCUUUGCUCAGCCGAGAGCGCCGUGGAGUACGGAACCUGCCUUUGCUGCGUCAAGGGCCUCUUCUACCACUGCUCGGCCCAGGACGAUGAAGACAACUGCGCCGACCGCCCGUGCUCUUGCGCCCCGGCCCACGCCUUCGCCCGUUGGGGCACCAUGGGUCUGUUAGCGCUGUGCCUGCCCUGCCUCUGCUGCUACCCCCCUGCCAGGCUGUGCCUCGCCCUGUGCCGGUGUGCCCACGACCGGGCCACGCGUCCCGGUUGCAGAUGCAGCAACACCAACACCGUGUGCCGCAAGAUCUCCGCCGUUUCCAAUCCCAACCCGGGUCAUCCCUCCAUUAGCAGCGGAAAGGCUGUGGAGAAGUCGCUAUGACACGCCCGGGUCGGGAUAGCGGGGACGUUCGGAUAAUUAAAAUCCCCGUAGCAACAACAAGAAGCCAACCAACUAGUGCUUAACCGAUCUCGUAUGACUCCAUCUCAGGAGGGACCAAAGCUUUACUGUGCCUGUUCGCCUUGGGAAACUACAAGCUCAACCUGAAGAAGAAUCUGACUCAACUCGGUCUUUUCAUCUUCUGUCUAAUGCGGAUGUCUAAUGUAUUUAUUUAUUAACGAACCUCCUACCGACUCUUUGCGAUCGAUACACAACAACGGUGGACUGAAUUGCAGCAGACUUAAGAGGACGUAUAGAAACUUCCAACUACAGGUUACGAGCGAAAAAAAAAAAACGAUGGAUAUUCGCAGCACACGUCACACCAAAAAAGGGACCACGUACUGUCAACUAAAAUCUCAAUGCCAUUAAGCUCAUUUGUAAAGGAAAAAAAAAAGCACUAUGAGGUAGAAAGUCGUAGGCCGCCAUGACUUGUGAAUCAUGGACUUUGUGUUCAUUAGCUAGAGGGCUACUUCCCGGGUUCAUUGGGGAACGACAAUCAAAUGGGUGUGCCAUUGAGUGGACGAUUCCAUGGUUGCCAUGGGGAUGUCAAGUUGCACCUUUAUUCCUCGGAUCAUGCGCCACCACCGUUCUACAAAGUUCCGUUUUUUUUGUGUGUUUGUGCUCUGUAGUGGUGUUCUAAUUCUAAGACUUUUGUGCAGUAUCGUUAAACUGUUCUAUGUUGAACGGUGGGUUAUCCAAUUACAGAGUAGGGGAGCAUCCGUCCAUGGUGUGUGUGUGUGUGUGUUUUUUUUUUUUGUGUGUGUAUGCGUAUGUGCGUGGAAGCCAGCACAAAGACGAAGGAACCUCCUAUGAUCUUAUUUGCUGCUACAUCUUAGCGAUAGUCUGAUCAGGUUUCCUCUGGAAACAUCAGACUGUCGCCAACCACCCUCGUAAGACCACCGCCGCCGCCGCCCGGUCCACCCGUAGCUCCCAUAUCUUUACCCCAUUCAUUCACAGGUCUAAUAAUUUAGAGCAUUUCAAGGUGUGUUAUUCCUUCUCACAAAAAAAAGUCUCCCAUCCCUUUUGACUCUUAGACCGGGAGAGUCUAAAAGCCUCAGUUUCCCGGGUCCAUUGAGAGUUGAUCAAACAGGCAAUUAGCUUCAUGAUAGCUCUUAAUGGGCCAGACGAGAACGGGGGCCGGAGGAGGAAGGAGUUGCGGUGUUUUGGGCGGACACAGAGAGAGGAAGAAGGAGGGAUGAUGGAAGAAAAGGGACCAGGCUCGGAUUUCUUCGCCGGACAUGAGGGCAUCAGAUGAGUGCAUGUAUGUGUGUGUGUGUGCAUGUUUUUAAGUGAAUGUGUGUUUUUUUGGAUGCAUGAAAAUCACCCGAUGCGUUCAAUGUUCCUUUGCUAUAUUUUUAUAUGUAAAUAUGAGCUAACCGCAGCGUUAAAAGUAUUUUUAUUGGGCUUCAUUAUAACGACAACAGUGUUAGAACGUGCACUUAUUUCAGUCCUCUUGGUGAUCAAUGCAGGAGCUUUUAGGGGAACGUCAAUGUCAGUAGAACCGCUAGCGAUGGACUCGACAAUCGCUGUGAGGAUUUAACGUUAAAAGUGAGAAAAAUAAAGUUUGCGGGAUCACUAAUGUUCAUUCAAUUCAUUUUUUUGGAUCCAUAUUCAUUGUUUAGUGUUGCAGACCACCAUUAAUUAACAAAACAUAUGCAAUUCAAAUGUAAUGCAAAGUUCAAUAUUAAAAAUUACAAAUACAAACGAGUAGCAGGGCCACUGUGAUUACAUAAAAAAUUUGAAAAAUAGUAUUAUAAAAAGUAUUAUUUAUAUUUGGAUAAUUAGGUUGUAACAGUCAACAAAAUUUUGAUAUUACAUGAAUCAAGAUGUAAUAUUACGCAAAAAAAAUUUCAUAAAGUUAAGGGAAUAGCGUCUAUACAUUAUGAUAAAAAAAAGAUCCAUGUCGUAGUGUUACCAAAAGUCAUAAUAUUAUCGAGAAAGUUGCGAGAAUCAAGUGUUACAAAAAUAUACAGUAGUUGUGAUAUUUUGUUGAAAAAAGUUGCAAUAUUAUUGGAAUAAAAAAAUCAUUUUAACAAGUUUAAGCCAAAUUUAGUCAAUUCUUUCUUGUUGUAAUGUCAAUAUACAUGAAUGCUUGUAAUGUUAUGACUUUAUUCUUAUAAAAUUAAGUUGUUUUUCAGCAUAAAAAUCAAAUUAUAUAUAUUUUACAUUAUAUUUACAUUAGACUUGAAUUGUUUUUCUUGUCAUAUUUAGACUUUUAGUGGAUUUAAGAUAUUUUUGCCCUGAUAAUAUUUUGACUUUCCUCACAAUUAGGUUAUAUUUUCACAUAAUUUUUGCGUUAAUGCUAUUAGUAGCCUGUUUCUUUUCUGUGCAGCUUCUUCUUCUUUGCAAAAGUCAAAGUAAAGUAAGUUUUAGUGCCAUUUUUCGACUAAAUUCACUGGAUGUUUGGAACAAAUUGACUAAAUUCUAGUGAGAACACUGUGGCCCCGUUAUUCUCAACAUACUCAAUCGUUUUCUUUUCCAAGUUGCAAACAAACAAGAACACAUCUGCAGCUGAUUCAUGCAUUCUUUCUAAAAAAUAUGCAUUAGUCCAUUUUCAAGCAUCAUGCUUAAAAAGAUCUUAAUGAUGUGGAUUCAGGUACAUUUGUGCUGUUGUUUUGUCAUACAGGAAGAGAAAAUGUAGCCUGCAUGUGAAGAUUGAAAGACUGAAAGACUGAAAGACUGAAAGACUGAAAGACGUGUGUUUUUUUUUUUUUUUUAAGACUUUUUCAGUUGCAAACUUUUCAAGUUCUGGCAAACUGUAAUUAUUCCAUAAUUUUGUUUUGAGAUUUCCUUCCUUCUGCUUAGCUUUUCCUCCUGUGUCUCUGCAACCGAGCAUCGCUUUUGGUACAAAAAAAAAAAAUAAUUAAAAAAUUGGCACCUCUUGUAUGUUGUAGAGGAAAUUUAAGGAGAGUAUAUGGAAUAAAUAUUAUAUAGAAGUCUAUCUAAAAGUAAAUAUAUUAUUAUACAUGAACAAUACGCACAUUUUCUUUCCUGUUUCAUUGCAGAGGUUGUGUCAUUUUGUUUGGAUAUUUAUUUACAGGUCAAUCACCACCGAGAUAGAUGGCACUGAAUGGUAUGAGAUUAAUAAUGACUUUAAGAUAAGAGUGUGGUUUGUAUUAUUUUUACAUUUUGGGUUGUUGUUUUUCUUACUGCUGGUGUGGCCGCUGCCACCCUCCAGGCUGAAGAUCCAAUAAAAGGAGCUUUGAAAAGCAGACCAUGUGUUUCUUCUUUGGAUGAUCACAAUAAUGGAUGAUAUUCAGGUCA